UUCCCCACUGUUGGCAUGGCAACACAGGCAUACGUUACUGAGCUACAGGCAGCCCCGCAACCUUCCCAGCCGCCACAGGCUCCACCACAGGCCCAGCCCCAGCCACCGCCACCUCCAUCAGCGGCACCCCAGCCCCCCCAGCCACCUGCCACCGCUGCUACCCCUCAGCCCCAGUAUGUCACGGAGCUGCAGAGCCCCCAGGCCCAGGCGCAGCCACCGGGCAGCCAGAAGCAGUAUGUGACGGAGCUCCCGGCUGCCCCCGCACCCUCGCAGCCAGCCGGCACUCCUGCCCCGUCCUCGGUGUCUCAGCAGUACAUCGUGGUCACCGUCUCUGAAGGUGCCAUGCGGGCCAGUGAGACUGUGUCAGAGGCCAGCCCAGGCUCCACAGCCAGCCAGACUGGAGUCCCCACUCAGGUGGUUCAGCAGGUGCAAGGCACCCAGCAGCGGCUGCUGGUCCAGACGAGUGUGCAGGCCAAGCCAGGCCACAUGUCACCCCUUCAGCUCACCAACAUCCCUGUACCCCAGCAGGCUCUCCCCACGCAGCGGCUGGUAGUGCAGAGCACAGCCCCGGGCGUCAAGGCAGGCCAGGUCUCCCUGGCGGUGCAUGGCACUCAGCAGGUGCACUCACCCCCUGAGCGGUCGCCAGUGCAGGCCAACAGCUCCUCCAGCAAGACGGCUGGGGCCCCCACGGGCACGGUGCCACAGCAGCUGCAGGUCCACGGAGUCCAGCAGAGUGUCCCUGUCACCCAAGAGAGGUCUGUGGUCCAGGCCACUCCACAGGCACCCAAAGCCAGCCCGGUGCAGCCACUGACGGUGCAAGGGCUCCAGCCAGUUCAUGUGGCUCAAGAGGUGCAGCAGCUCCAGCAGGUGCCUGUUCCACACGUGUACUCCAGCCAAGUGCAGUAUGUGGAGGGCGGAGACGCCAGUUACACGGCCAGUGCCAUCCGUUCCAGCACCUACCCGUACCCUGAGACGCCGCUGUACACGCAGACAGCGGGCACCAGCUACUACGAGGCUGCGGGCACAGCAGCCCAGGUCAGCACACCUGCCACCUCCCAGGCGGUGGCCAGCAGUGGCUCUGUGCCCAUGUAUGUGUCUGGCAGCCAGGUUGUCGCCAGCCCCACCAGCAGUGGGGGUGGGGCCAGCAACAGCAGCAACGGUGGCAGUGGAGGCAGUGGAGGUGGUGGUGGGGGCAGCGGCGGCGGCGGCGGCGGCGGAGGCAGCAGCAGCGGAGCAGGCACCUACGUGAUCCAAGGCGGCUACAUGCUGGGCAGUGCCAGCCAGUCCUACUCCCACACCACCCGUGCCUCACCAGCUACUGUCCAGUGGCUCCUGGACAAUUACGAGACGGCCGAGGGCGUGAGCCUGCCGCGGAGCACCCUCUACUGCCACUACCUGCUGCACUGCCAGGAGCAGAAGCUGGAGCCUGUCAACGCCGCUUCCUUUGGCAAGCUCAUCCGCUCUGUCUUCAUGGGCUUGCGCACCCGCCGUCUGGGCACCAGGGGCAACUCCAAGUACCACUACUACGGCCUGCGCAUCAAGGCCAGCUCGCCCCUGCUGCGGCUGAUGGAGGACCAGCAGCACAUGGCCAUGCGAGGCCAGCCCUUCUCACAGAAGCAGAGGCUCAAGCCCAUCCAGAAGAUGGAGGGCAUGACCAACGGUGUGGCCGUGGGGCCACAGCAGGCCACCGGGCUGUCAGACAUCAGCGCCCAGGUCCAGCAGUACCAGCAGUUCCUGGAUGCCUCGAGGAGCCUCCCUGACUUCUCAGAGCUUGACCUCCAGGGCAAAGUGCUACCCGAGGGUGUUGGGCCCGGGGACAUCAAGGCCUUCCAGGCCCUAUACCGGGAACACUGUGAGGCCAUCGUUGACGUCAUGGUGAACUUGCAGUUCACCCUGGUGGAGACGCUGUGGAAAACCUUCUGGAGGUACAACUUCAGCCAGCCCAGUGAGGCACCACCGCUGGCCGUGCAUGAUGAGGCUGAGAAGCGGCUGCCCAAGGCCAGCCUGGUGCUGCUGUCCAAGUUUGAGCCUGUGCUGCAGUGGACCAAGCACUGUGACAACGUGCUGUACCAGGGCCUGGUGGAGAUCCUUAUCCCUGAUGUGCUGCGGCCCAUCCCCAGUGCCUUGACCCAAGCAAUCCGGAACUUUGCCAAGAGCCUGGAAAGCUGGCUCACCCAUGCCAUGGUGAACAUCCCCGAGGAGAUGCUGCGGGUGAAGGUGGCAGCUGCUGGCGCCUUCGCGCAGACUCUGCGGCGCUACACGUCGCUUAACCACUUGGCACAGGCAGCGCGCGCUGUGCUGCAGAACACUGCACAGAUCAAUCAGAUGCUGAGCGACCUCAACCGGGUGGACUUCGCCAACGUGCAGGAGCAGGCCUCAUGGGUGUGCCGCUGCGAGGACCGUGUAGUGCAGCGGCUGGAGCAGGACUUCAAGGUGACGCUGCAGCAGCAGAACUCACUGGAACAGUGGGCGGCCUGGCUGGACGGCGUCGUGAGUCAGGUGCUCAAGCCCUACCAGGGCAGCGCCGGCUUCCCCAAGGCCGCCAAGCUCUUCCUCCUCAAGUGGUCCUUCUACAGCUCUAUGGUGAUUAGGGACCUGACCCUGCGUAGCGCGGCCAGCUUCGGUUCCUUCCACCUCAUCCGGCUGCUCUACGACGAGUACAUGUACUACCUGAUUGAGCACCGCGUGGCCCAGGCCAAGGGCGAAACCCCGAUCGCCGUCAUGGGCGAGUUCGCCAACCUGGCCACCUCGCUGAACCCCAUAGACGCAGACAAAGACGAGGAGGAGGAAGAGGAGGAGGAGAGCGAAGACGAGCUGUCACAGGACAUCUCUCUGGCGGCUGGCAGCGAGUCGCCCGCGCUGGGACCCGAGGCCCUGGAGCCCCCGGCCAAGCUUGCGCGGACAGACGCCCGCGGCCUCUUCGUACAGGCGCUGCCCUCCAGCUAAGCCCGGGGCCUUCCCCACCCUGCCUUGCCCAUC